UUAGAACAGCUACAGUGUGAGCCUUUUUACAUAGACCUUGAAUUUGGAAUGUGUGAAUGAAGACAUAACAAUCUGUUAUCUCAACUGUCCAAGGUAGGGAGGAGAAGAAGAGGGGCGGGUGAGAGUGAGUGAGGAGGGAGACACUGCCAUUUUAGCAUUAGAUCAAUUUGGACCGAGCUUUGAAAUGUUGUAUCUAGAUUGAUCUCCCAAGGCGCUUUGGUUAUAAAAUAGAAAAAUGAGCAACCUCUGUCUCUGAUUGAUUUAAAACCAGCUUAUGUGUCAUCAAACAAUCUGGGGGCGUUGACCGAAGGAAGAAUGGGUCAAAACGCAACAAUUUGGGGGCUCGUCCGGGGAUGACAAGCUGAAAAUUGGACUGCUUUUGCAAACUUACGGACAGACUCACUUGGCCAACAUCAAGAUCAGCUCUUCCCAGGUCCAGCCACCCCCUGGAAGGAGGAAUCAGCGUGAAACCAAACUGGUAAGUUGAGCAAAUUCAGAAUUAUGUGCCAGUUCCUCUGUGCAGAUUUGAGGUUGACAGCCCGCCACACCACAUUCCCUUCCGCCGGUCGAGAGGGUCAAGGUCAUUAACCGCAAGCGGAUGGAGCCCAGGUGGACCGGUCCCUUUGAGGUCGUGGAACUGACGUCUCACUCCCUUCGGCUGGCAGAUGUCACUGCCGCCAUCGCCACAUCACCGGCCCCACUCGGUCCCCUUGCAGAACUUACACACAUAGCCUCACCACCCAGAAGACGACGCAGAGAGAGAUCUCCCCACGUUGAGCUGCCGUCUACCGUCGUGUAGAUCUACCAGACCUACUCAACUGCUGUUUCAUAUAUCCAAAGCUAUCAUUACUUGAGAUCAACCUAUAUACUCGAUGUUAUAUAACUUCUCUUACUUGUUUUCAGCAUAACUAUUGGUGACGCUACAAUAAGUGAAAAGUUUGAUGUUUAUCCCCGUUUAGUUACCAAAAUUACUCAGAUUUUGAUGGACGAAAGGUAGGAUGUUACACCCAGCAGUAUUCCCUGACAGAUUGGUACUUAGGCUAGUUCUAAUGUCCUUGUGCCUCAGUCCUUCCUUCCUGACGACAGUGACUCACAAGUGUCUUAAAACAUAAGGAGGACUUGAAAUAGACUUGAUCAAGGGGGACAGCAAGACUCAUUUUUUUGAUCUGUGCAGUGUGAUUGAUAGCGAGGGACAUAGUAGCUAUUACCGUGGUAGUAACCUCUAUUUUUGAUACGACACAACUCUGAGCUAUUGGUGUCGGAAGCAGAAUACAUACUCUAGGGUGUGGUGACCCUGGUGAAAGCAGGUAACCCACUACACCGGGCAUUGGAAUCCCACUGGCCCCCGGUAUUACAUCAAAACCACUCGGGAAGGGAUGACCUUCCAGAGGAACUUUGAUCGUUCCCAGAACCCCAUCGCCCUUACAAAUGCCAACGUGGGUGUCAUGCCCAAUUGGCCCAGUCCGUUUUAUGUAGUUUUAGGGGUUGACCUGACUGGUAAAGAAUCUAAAGGGAUUAUCAAAAUUAAUGUCCUCGAGAGGGCGCCAAAGUAUGGGUGAUUGUGUUGCUUGUUCCGCUAAAAGUCCUUUUCCCCACACUUACCCCGCUCCCUUUAAGUUGACCGACACAAAUGGCCCAAACUGUCUUAUCUCCUUGUUUUCUGAAACCACGCCGCCAGGGUGCAAUUUGUUGGCAAGUGUGUACCCUCCUGUUGACAAUUUCAUCCGACUUCUUCCCCUUGUGGCCCAAAAAAUGAAUUACACGUGUUUUCAAUUCACAGGACCCUCUUCGUCCCCCAACAAAUUGGGUGACAUUGACCCUUCCUGGUGUACCACAUUGUUAGAGGGCUCAAAAAUAGGCCCUUGGGCACGGGCUGACUUAUUCUGGUAUUGUGGGGAGCACAGAUUGUACAUUAGAAUCCCGAAGGCAGCCGUUGGACUUUGUGCUAUGGUUAGAUUAGUGACCCCACUCACCUUAGUGGGUACCAAAUUAACAGUCCUUGGAACUCCUGUUUCAUCGGCCUCUUUAACUUCCCGCCGUCGCCGUCAUGUUCUAUCUAGGAGGAGUGUAAGGGGCUCCUUUGAUUUGAUGAAAAACCCGGAUGGUGUUUACUUUGAUGCAAUAGGGCAACCAAGGGGGGUCCCCGGACAACGUAAAUUGUGGUGUGAAUCCUGUGCAGGUUUCGAGAACCUUCUUAUCAUUGGUGCUAUUUUCCCUGUGACUGCUACUAAAAAUGUAGAACGCAUUAACUAUGUUUUUUAUAAUCUGUUAAGACUGACCAACCUGAGUCGUGACGCUGUUGAGGGACUUGCUGAGCAACUUGCCCCUACCUCCCUCAUGGCCAUUCAGAACCGCAUAACCCUUGACCGCAUCCUAGCCAAGGAAGAAGGUGUGUGUGCAAUGUUUGGUGACCAAUGCUGUACCUUCAUUCCAAAUAAUACCGCCCCCGAUGGCUCGGUUCAGAGGGCAUUAAAGGGCCUCCAAUCCAUGUCUAGGGAACUUACUGAAGUGUCCGGAGUCUCUGACCCCUUCAAAGAUUGGCUUCAAGGCACCUUUGGCAGGUGGACUGACCUAAUUAAGUCUGUCCUGGUCUCCCUUGCUGUUUUCGUGGCCACUCUAGCCUCAUGCGGUUGCUUCAUCGCCCCAUGUGCUAAGUAUCUUUGCACCCGCAUCAUUGUUAGACCCGUAGAAGGUCAACCCCACCCAGUUUCUGGGUUUGCUAUGUCUUUGAAGGGAGUGAAGCAAAGUGAUGACUUUCGAGAAUUGUUAGUUUCCCUUUCUAACCCUGAUGACUUUGACGUGGACCCCCUCCCUCUAUCUAACUCCCAAUUAUAACUAUUAUUUUAUUUUAGUGCGAGCUUGCUAAAACUUCAGUGUGAGGUAGGUGCUUUAGAAGUAUUGUAGUUGUGUUGAGAGAUCUUUUUUAGAAGAUCUGAAGGGGGACUGUUGGAUGUGGUUGUCUUUUUAUUUCCUAGUCAGAUUUUAGAACAGCUACAGUGUGAGCCUUUUUACAUAGACCUUGAAUUUGGAAUGUGUGAAUGAAGACAUAACAAUCUGUUAUCUCAACUGUCCAAGGUAGGGAGGAGAAGAAGAGGGGCGGGUGAGAGUGAGUGAGGAGGGAGACACUGCCAUUUUAGCAUUAGAUCAAUUUGGACCGAGCUUUGAAAUGUUGUAUCUAGAUUGAUCUCCCAAGGCGCUUUGGUUAUAAAAUAGAAA